GUUCGGUGAUCCGGUUGGCGCCCGUCCUGACGUCAUUUUUAUGCGUCGGGUUGGCCAUCAUGGCGACCUCCUCUGCGAUAAAGGGAAUUAUAUACAGCAGAAUCCGUGCUGACGCAGAAGACCAGGCAGAUGUGAAGCUUCCAGAAGGCAAACAGUCUGCAAAGUUUGUCGCAUCCUUUCUCCGAUCCAGUUUACCGCAAUUAAGCCCUGAGGAAGUUAAGAAAUAUUUGUAUAAAAAUGUUACUGUUGUUGGUGUUACAACAAAGUUCAAGAAAAAGAAGAGGAAAGCAAAGUGUUUGUCUGCUAAAGAAAGGCGGGAAUUGAGGCUAUUUGAGCUCAAACCAGAACAACAAAGGUAUGAAUUGUUUCUCCCUCUGCAUGAGCUAUGGAAACAGUACAUUCGAGAUCUAUGUAAUGGCUUGAAACCUCAAACGUCAACGAAUAUGAUCCAGACAAAGCUGAUGAAGGCAGACUUUCAUGGGGCCAUUGUGACAGUGGUCAAGUCCAAAUGCCCCUCUUUUGUAGGGAUUACUGGAAUUAUCCUGCAGGAAAUGAAACAUAUAUUCAAGAUUAUCACUGUGGAAAAUAAGCUUAAAGUAAUUCCAAAGCAAAAUAACAUUUUCAGUGUGGAAAUCGAUGGAUUUGUCUCCUAUAUCUACGGCAAUAUGUUUCAACUGAGAUCAAGUGAACGCUCUGUGAAGAAGUUUAAAGGAAAAGGAAGCAUAGACCUUUAAGUCAAAGGAAGAAUCACUGGUGCACUUUAUCGACUGCAGCAUUGACCUCUUGAUUCAGCAUUGCAAGGAACAGUGGAACCCUGUAUGUUUGGCUCAACCAGCAUCAACAUGAUGCAAUUCAGAUGUUUAAAACCUUGUAUAACAAUCUGUCAGAUCAUUGCUUUUAAAUACUGGGCAAUGAAAGGAUUUUCCAGAACGUUAGAUAUGUGUGUUCUCAUUUGUAAUCCUUAUAAACUAUGAAUGAAUACACAUAAUUUUCUUUUAAAUCUGGUAAUUUUAUCACAACAUUCAACAGCAAAAUUUAUUAGUUCAAUGGGUAAUUUGCGUUUAGGUAUUUGUGGCAAAUAUAUUUGUCACGGUGCACUUCACAAUGAAGAAGAAAUGUAUCUUGGACCAAUAAAGCAAUCAUUAAGAGUGUGACCAUAAACUUGGUUAGAGUUAUGUGUUUUAAAGAGGAGGUUUUUAACAUGGAAAUUGAAAUAGCUGUAGAAUAUGGAUGCACUUGAGGAUGGCAAGUUUGAAGACAGGGAAUCUGUGUGUUCAGAGAGGGAUAUGACCCAGAGGAUAAAGUAUAAGGAGGAAUUUAAACAGUUUAAAAUUGACAGAAUGAUCUAUGAAGAGAUUGAACAUCAGGGUAGGUAAAAUGAUAGACAGUGGAACUGGUUCAGGUUAGAAUGUGGAAAAAAACAGUUUUUGAUAGAUUACAGUAAUAGAAUAGAGACUGCAAGAGGAACAGUAGAGCAAAUUUGAAAGUGACACCUGUAGCUGGUUAUCUCAGCAUCUGAUGGGGAAUGUUACAGAGAUAAGGUCUUUGUGAUGGAGAUGAUAGAAAAUCUGGUUUACUGUGUCAAGGAGAAUAUUGAGACCGAGAAUGGUGGAGUUCAGCCAUAAAUGUGACUUGAAAUCCUACUUAAUGGAAAGAAACUCAAUGUUUGUCACUGUUGCUGAAUACAUUGUGACUUAUGAUUCAUUUUAAUGAUGCAAUACUCAGGGGAAGUAAUUUUACCAAAAAACAAAUUAAUUUGACAUUUUUCUGCAAUAGAUACAUCAUUAGAAAAAGAGUGUUACAAUAAUGAAAAGUCCUGCUUUCACAGUCUUGCAACAGAUUGACUAUUUGAUGAAAACAUUCACUACCUCAGAGCAAGGGGAAGUUUCUGAGCUAGUUCAUUUGCCAUAAUUGCACAAGGAUUAUAAUUGUACAAGUCUGAGAGAAGUAGACAGUCAAAUUGAGCACUAAAAUCAUAGUAGUUUAUAAAGAAAGACUUUAAAAAGAAUUGAAGAUAACUUACUAUUGAAAUUACAUGAAAUGCUGCUGAGUGAAAAUGCAUAUUUCACAGUAAGGACAUUCUAAUGUUUGAUAAUUGAUCAUAUUGCAGCAGAGUGAAAGUAUGAAGCAGAAGCAGGUUUAUUAUCACUGUCUUGUAUGACAUGGAAUUUGUUGUUUUGCAGCAACAGUACAGUGGAAAUAUUUUUUUAAAAGUAUUAUAAAUUACAAAAUAAAUAUUGUCAAAAAAAAAAGGAAUAACCCAGCAGAUUUCUUGGACUGUUCUGAGAUCUGAUGACAAAAUUCCCCAUUACCUAGAAGCAGUUCAUAUAUUUAUGGUCUGUUAAGCACUUGGAUUUUCCCCUGGAUUUCACAAGUGAAAUCCAAAUGAACUAGAGUACUGAAUAAAAAUGUCUUCAAAUUGUCAUCAUUUGACAUUCCAGAAAAUGAAUCUAAAAGUUGGAUAAUUUCAUCAUUUAAGGUUGCUCAUGUGGAAUAUAAUGUAUUUAAAAACUGCCAGCUGAUUUUAAGAAAACUUAACCCAUUGCCUGGUAAUUUUUAAAUACCUCUAAUUGGGUACUGAAAACAUGUUUUUGGCAAAUAUAAAUAAUAUGUAUUUAGGAGCACUGAAUAAAGAAGAGGAUUUUUUUAAGAAUGGAAAUUGCAUUGCCUGGGAGGCCUAAGAUGCACUUGUGGGAAAUAGACAGAAUACUGAGGGGCGGUGGUGUGAAGCAGAUCCCCAACCUUGCCAAUUACUAACAGGUCUGCCAACUAAUACAAGUUGCUUCUAUCUCAGCAAAAGAUCAUGGAAUUGUAAGGUGCUGGUUGUCUCUUUUCCACACGCUGAUUCGAAUUCUGAGGAGAAAGGAACAUAAUGAAAGCUGACAAGAUCCUUAAGUCCCUUGUUCAGACUUCUGCUUCACAUGAAUGGUAGUGUGAGCAAAGCAGGUAGAGUUAAUGUUAGAGCAUUUCUGUCCUAGCUAUGCUCAAUCUAUAUAAAUAUUUGGCUGAAGGGUCAAAACAUCACAUUUCCAAGUUUGCUGAGAUAAUAAACAAAGGGGAUAGAAUAUAAUAUGCAAAAAUAUGAGAUGAUCCAUUUAGGUAAACGGGUAGAGCAUUGAAUAGUAUGAAGCUAGGUCAUGUUCAUGUUCAAAGGGACUUUGGUGAUCAAUUCACUGAUGACCAACAUACAAGUACAGCAACAAUUUGGACAAACUUUAUGUUAUCCAUUAUAAAGAGCAUAUGAAUACAAGAACUAAAAAGGGCUUAUUGUAAUUGCAAAGGCUUUGCUGAAACCUCACAUGGAGUAUUGGGUAUAAUUUUGGCAUGGAUUCACUGGAAUAGUUCUAGGGAUGGCAAGGGUCUCAUAUAAGGAGAGAUUGAAUGGACUGUGACUAUCCAGAGUUUAGAGAAAUCAGAAGGGGAGCGAGCCAUAUUAAUUUCUUGAAAACCAUGUCAGGCUAAAUUCAGGGAGAGUAUUUGCUGCAACUGACCGUUGUGCAGAGUUGACAAUAAGAUGCAAGCCAAUGAGGACUGAGAUGAAGCAGUUCUGCACUCGGGAGAAGGUAAGUCCAGAGGGAUGUGAGUACAUUCUAAUCAGAAAUCAAUCGAAGGAUCAGAUGGCUAAGUUUGUAUUCUUACCACUCCAGUACCAGCCCCUCCCCCACCCAUUCUUUUAUGGAUAUUUGCUGAAGUUAUUAGAGGUAAUUACAAUGCUUGUGGUCACAGAACCUAGGAUUAGAGGUUGACAUUUGACAAAGAUGACGUAACAGUUACUUUGUGGGAAUCAAAUGCUUUGCUUCCUUAUAUAAUUAGGGUUGGGAGUGCUGUUGAGUGCUGGCAAAUGAGUGCUUGACAGCUAUUCCAAGCAUGCAUUCUCACUAGGGUUACCAGCAUUGCGUGAAAAUUGUGAUCCUUUUAAAAAUUUACACACUCCCCUUUCAAAUUUUUUAUAGCAACGCGUAAAAAAUGCUGGAGGAAUUCCACAGGCCAGGCAGCAUUAAUGGAAAAAGAGUACAGUUGACGUUUCUGGCCAAUGUCCCUCAAGACUGGGGAAAAGAUGAGGAGUCAGAGUAAGAAGGUGGGGUAGGGGAGGAAGAACCACAAGGUGAUAGGUGAAGCUGGGUGAGGGGGAUGCGAAGUAAAGAGCUGGGAAGUUGGUGAAAGAGAUGCUGGGCUGGAGAAGGGGGAAUCUGAUAGGAGCAGACAAGGCCAUGGAAGCAAGAAAAGGGGGAGGAACACCAGAGGGAGGUGAUAGACCAGUAAUGAGAUAAGGUGAGAGGGAGAAACGGGAAUGGGGAAUGGUGAAGGAGGAGGGGGAAUGGGCAUUACUGAAAGUUUGAGAAAUUUAUGUUCAUGCCAUCAGGUUGGAGGCUACCCAGACAGAAUAUAAAGUGUUGCUCCUCCACCCUGAGUGUGGCCUCAUCAACAGUAGAGGAGGCCAUGGAUUGAUGUAUGAAAAGAAUUAAAAUAGUUGGCCACUGGGAAAUCUCACUUUUCCUGGCAGACAAAGCAUAAGUGCUUGGCAAAAUGGUCUUCCAAUCUAGAUUUUCUAGAGUCAUUUUGAGGUAUAGCACAGAAAUAGGUUCUUCAGCUCACAGAGCCCAUGCUGAUCAUUAUCUGCCCAUUUACAGUGGUCCUACAUAAAUCCAAUCUUCACGUUCUCCUCAGCUCUCCCAGAUUAUACCAUUUCCUUGACACAAAGGACAAUAUACAGUGGCCAAUUAACCUACAUACCUACACAUUUAUGACGUUAGAUGAAUCUGGAGUGCCUAGAGGAAACCCAUGUAGUCCCUUGGAAAAUGUGUGAACUCCGUGCAGACGGAACCCAAGGAUCUUUGGCACUGUGAGGCAGUAACUCUACCAACUGCACCACUGUGUCACCCUGAACUGCUCAGCGUUUGCCUCUGAAACAACCUCAACUAAUGCAUGUUCACUGCCUAUUUUUCCUGAUGGCAUUCCAUUUGUCUUCCAACAGCCUUUUUAUGGAUUGACGUAAAGGAAGUUUAUUUCCAGCCUUAACAUUAAAGUUUCUAUACAACAUAUGCAUAAUCUGGCCAAAUCUAUAGUUUACAGUAAUCAUUCUGGAUUUAAUGUUUUUGUAAUGACUUGUACUAGUCAAUUUUUUGAUUAGAAUUAAAGUGGUUAUUUCUUCUUCCUGUAU